AUGGGGAUGCAGCGAAGUAUACGGGAGGGGGUAGAGCUGGCAGUGGAGGGCCGUGGCAGGGAGACCUGGAGGAGGCUAGAAGAUGAGGUGUUAAGAUCUUUGUCUGUUUCCAAGCCCUUAUCGCUUUCCAAACCUUUAUCCCUCUCCCAAUUUCGGUCCCUUCCCCUCUCCCAGGCGCUGCCUCUCUCCCAGCCCCUGUCCCUCUCCCAGCCUUGGCUCUGGUCUGGGCUCCAGCUGCCACCUUCACUGUUCUUGCUGCUGUUGCUGCUCUUUGUGCUGUGCCCAGGGGCUGGGGGCCUCUUCCUGACUGAUUACUCCACCUGCUCACCCCGAAAGCUGAGUCCUUUCCGCUCCUUUGCCAGCACUGAGCUCUUCCACUUCCAUGUCCCUGAGGACACGGUCCUGGCUGUCUGGAACCUCAUCAUCUUCAAGGAGCAGGGGGGCACCUUUGGGGACCAUUGCCCAGACCAAAGUGUGACUGUGUAUUUCCGCUCAGGGGCACCUCCUGUAAUAAACCCUCUGAAUACACACUUUCCACCGGACACAGUGGUGCCAGGGGUCUUCUCAUUGACUCUCAGCUGGACAUUGCCCAACCGAACCUCAGGAAUCUUCAAUGUCAGUAGCCCUUUGCCUGGGGACUGGUUCCUGGCUGCUCACCUUCCCCAGGCCCAUGGACGCAUCUCUGUCAAGGGUCUCCAUGAUGAGUGCCAGUACCUUCUUCAGCCACAGUUGAUUGUCCGUCGAUUGCUUGAUGUUGCUGUCCUUGUUCCUGGUCGUCCCUCAGAGCAAACUCUUUCCUCUCAUAACCGUUCGGCCCUGUUCAAGGUCUUUGUCCCCAGUUUCACCUCCAGGGUCUCUGUCCAGCUGAAGUGUGUGGGAUCUCGUGGGGGCUCUGGCUGCCCCCUGAUGAUGCAUCUGCGCCCCAAGGCACCUCCCCUGCACAACUCAACCUCUGUGGCCUGUGGGGAAUUGGCACCAUGUGGGCUGGAGCUGGCCCUGCCUCCUUGGGGGGACUGGGUCUAUGUACGUGUGGAGACACCAAGGGGUCUCCCUGGAACCCUUCGAUUCCAGCUGUGUGUGCAGCUACAAGAGUGCCCCCAACAUGGCCUGUCCCGAGCCUUGGUACCUGGAGCAGCCAUGAACAUGCCCCAGUCUCUGGGUACUCAGCUGCCCCCUCAGGAGAUACCACCCUUGGGAGCCCCUGAAGAGGUGUCUGAGAGCACAUCUCCCCCUGACCACUGCUGGCCAGUGCGUCCAACACUGCGGAAUGAACUGGAUACCUUCUCUGUCCACUUCUACAUCUUCUUCGGCCCCAGUGUGGCCCUUCCACCAGGACGUCCAGCUGUGUUUGCCCUGAAGCUCCUGCCUGUGCUGGACAGUGGAGGGGUCCUGACCCUGGAGUUACAGCUCAAUGUGAGUUCACUGCACCAGGAGAAUGCCACUGUGUUUGGAUGCCUGACUCAUGAGGUGCCUCUGAGUUCAGGUGACUCUUCUGUGACCUGCUCCACAGAGUCCCUGGCUGGUUUCAUUCUCUCCGUCAAUGCUGCUUCUAAGAUCUCCAGACUUCGGAUCCCUUUCCCCCAAACAGGAACCUGGUACCUGACCCUCCGAUCCUUGUGUGGAGCAGGCCCAUGGUUUGAACGCUGUAAGAACGUCACUGCUGAGGUCCGUCUCCGGACCUUCCUGUCCCCAUGCAUUGAUGACUGUGGCCCAUAUGGUCAGUGCAAACUUCUGAGGACACAUAACUACCUGUAUGCAGCUUGUGAGUGCAAGGCUGGCUGGCGUGGCUGGGGCUGUACAGACAGUGCAGAUGCUCUCACUUAUGGAUUCCAGCUUCUGUCCACACUGCUGCUUUGCCUAAGUAACCUCAUGUUUUUGCCACCUGUGGUCGUGGCUGUCCGAAGUCGAUAUGUGCUGGAGGCUGCGGUCUAUACCUUCACCAUGUUCUUCUCCACGUUCUACCAUGCAUGUGACCAGCCAGGCAUCGUGGUCUUCUGCAUCAUGGACUAUGAUGUUCUGCAGUUCUGUGACUUCCUGGGUUCCCUCAUGUCCGUGUGGGUCACGGUCAUUGCCAUGGCUCGUCUGCAGCCUGUGGUUAAGCAGGUUCUCUACUUGCUCGGGGCCAUGCUACUGUCUAUGGCUCUGCAGCUUGACCGGCAUGGCCUCUGGAACCUUCUUGGACCUAGUCUCUUUGCCCUUGGGAUUCUGGCUACAGCAUGGACGGUGCGCAGUGUCCGCCGCAGACACUGUUACCCACCCACGUGGCGUCGCUGGCUGUUUUACCUGUGUCCGGGCAGCCUCAUUGCUGGCAGUGCAGUUCUUCUCUAUGCCUUUGUGGAGACUCGGGACAAUUACUUCUACAUCCACAGCAUCUGGCAUAUGCUGAUUGCAGGCAGCGUAGGGUUCCUGCUACCCCCAAGAGCCAAAUCUGAUGGCAAAGUGCCACCCCUAUCGAGGCCCCGGGGAUGUGGCUACCAGCUCUGCAUCAAUGAGCAGGAGGAGCUGGGCUUGGUAGGCCCAGGGGGCACUUCCAUCAACAGCAUUUGUGCCAGCUGA